AUGAAUAGUUCUGACCAUGAGGAAUCAAACGAUGAAGAAACAAGUAAACAGAUACAUCCUCCAAAGCUCAAGAAAACCCAAUUAGCAGAUCUCAGACGUGAGGCUAAACAGGUUUUAAAACAUUAUGAAGGAGACUAUAAAAACGAUUUAGCAAUACAUCUUUAUUCCACUCAUUUAAUGCAUCAAAUGGAUCCUGGGUUCCCUAAAAGAAUAUGGACAAGUUGGCCAUUACCUCCCGAGGAUGUUCCUGAUCCCAAUUCAACUUCAACUUAUUGUGAUGAUGAUCCAGAUUUUGUUAAAGAACCUGGUAUUAGUACUUUGGGGAUGAAUGAAGACGAUGAUGACGAUGAUCAAAUUCAAGGUAUUUUGGAUUAUGAAAGUGAACAGCAAGAUCCCUCAAUAAGGUCAGAUCCUGAUGAAGAUUUAAAAAUUGAAUUAGAUGCCCUUUUUAAAAGGAAAAUAUAUGCUGGUAUACAAAAAUUGGCCAUUUCAAAUAAAGAUUAUCAUUUACAACCUUCACUAGAUUAUCCACAAUUUCCAGACCUUAUUGAAGAGAAAAUCAAAGAGAAAAUUGAUCAAUUGAUGAAUAAAUUCCCUAAACCUGCAAAAUUCCCAAGACAUCAUCGAGGAUUUUUCAAUUGGAGAGAUUUACUGCUACGGUCAAAUAUAGAUGAUUUAGACUUUAUCAACAAAACAGAGGAUAUAUUUAUACAGGUACCCAAGCGUACUUUGAAAGAAUUCGAGGAAUCAAAUGAGGUACAUGAUUCGGAAGAUAUAGACGAUGAAGAAGAUAAUGAAGAUGAUCAGGCCAACGUGACAAACGAAAGUAUAAGGACAAAGGAACCACAACAUGAUUCAGCUCCAAAACCCAAGAAACAAUUGAAAGAAAAAGAUAUCACACAAGAAAAAACAUUAAAGUUAAGAAGUGAAAUCACUCAACUAUUGUAUGAAAACAUGAAGAAAAAAUUACAAAGAGAUCAACCUCAAAAAUCAGACUACGAAAACUUACAGAUUAAAUCAUAUAGUCUAUAA